AUGCUGUUCUGGCACACGCAGCCCGAGCACUACAACCAGCACUCCACCGGCAGCUACCUGCGUGAUGUCCUUGCACUGCCGAUCUUCAAACAGGAGGAGCCCCAGCUGUCUCCUGAGAAUGACACCAAACUGCCUCCGUUUCAGUAUGUUCUCUGCACAGCCACAUCCCCUGCUGUAAAGCUGCAUGAAGAAACCCUUACCUAUCUCAACCAAGGUCAGUCUUAUGAAAUCCGUCUACUUGAGAAUAGGAAAUUGGGAGAGUUUCAAGAUUUAAACACAAAAUAUGUAAAGAGCAUCCUUCGGGUGGUUUUCCAUGAUCGGCGUCUGCAAUACACAGAACACCAGCAGCUGGAGGGCUGGAGAUGGAGCCGGCCUGGGGACCGCAUCCUUGAUAUAGAUAUCCCACUGUCAGUCGGUAUCUUAGAUCCCAGGGCCAGCCCGACCCAGCUAAACACUGUUGAAUUUCUGUGGGAUCCGUCCAAAAGAGCAUCUGCAUUCAUUCAGGUACAUUGUAUCAGCACAGAAUUUACGCCAAGGAAACAUGGUGGAGAGAAAGGGGUGCCCUUCAGGAUACAAAUCGACACAUUUAAACAGAAUGAGAAUGGCGAAUAUACCGAACACUUGCAUUCUGCAAGCUGCCAGAUCAAAGUGUUCAAGCCUAAGGGAGCUGACAGAAAGCAGAAAACUGACCGAGAGAAAAUGGAGAAGAAGACUGCCCAAGAGAAGGAGAAAUACCAGCCCUCCUAUGAUACGACCAUUCUCACAGAGUGUUCUCCAUGGCCAGAUUUGCCUUAUCAAGUGAGCAACGCUCCAUCUCCAAGUUACAACAGUUCUCCAAACAGCUUCAGCCUUGGAGAUGGCAACAGUUCUCCAACCCACCAAGUGGAGCUCCUGCCUCCCAGCAACGAUCACCUCCUUCCCUCUGCUUCUAUUCAAGAUGUCCAGCAGUGGCUUCAUCGUAAUAGGUUUUCUCCAUUCUGUAGACUCUUCUCAAGUUUCUCGGGUGCUGACUUACUGAAGAUGUCCAAAGAAGAUUUUGUUCAGAUCUGUGGGCCUGCUGAUGGAAUUCGGCUCUUUAAUGCAAUCAAAGGAAGAAACGUAAGGCCUAAAAUGACAAUUUAUGUCUGUCAAGAACCAGAGCAGAACAGGUCUCAUCUGCACCAAAAACGAGAGAAUGGAGAUGGUAAUCUGUGUGUAUAUCAUGCAGUCUUCUUGGAAGAGCUGACAACCCUGGAAUUAAUUGAGAAGAUUGCAAACUUGUAUAGCAUUUCCCCACAGCAGAUAAAUCGGAUCUAUCGGCAAGGACCUACAGGGAUCCAUGUAUUAGUGAGCAAUGAGAUGGUGCAAAACUUCCAGGAUGAGUCUUGUUUUGUUAUCAGCACAUUAAAAGCUGAAAGCAACGAUGGCUACCACAUCAUUUUAAAAUGA